CUCAGCCAGAGCUGUUGUGCAUGCAUGUACCAUAUAGAUGUCCUUCCCUUUCCUAUUAAAAGGCAUAGAUUUAACGCUAAGAUGCAUAACCCUUGUGACGCCCCCGCCAUCCCUCUUCCUCCCACCAACCGAACCCGAAUCUGCCGCCCACGCCUUCACAUUCAUCACGACACUUUCGUAGCCCACCAUGACCAAUAGGGGCGAGUAUGACGACCACACAACCGUUCGCCAUUAUUACCAAUACUUCCCCCCGGGUGUGAAGCGCGUCAUUAAGUCCGGAAGCAGUGCCUGGAUUGGUGAGGUGGACGAUUCCACUGUCUUGAAAUAUCCCCUGGCCGCCGGUGAGGGCUUGGAGCUUCUCGAGGCCGAGAGAAAGAUCCUGGAAGCCAUCCCGCCGCAUAAGAACGUCUUGGGGUUCAAAGGCUCUGCCGACGCGGGAAUCUACCUGGAACGCGCCCCGAACGGCACCGUCGCCGAAUACAUCCUCAACUCGGGCAAGCCGCUCUCCCUCCAGCAGCGGCUGGCCUGGUGCCGCGAGACCGCCGAGGCAGUUGCCUGGAUCCAUGCCCACCGCGUCCUCCACUGCGAUAUCCAGCCCACCAACCUGCUCCUCGACAAAGACCUACACGUCAAGCUCUCCGACUUCCAGGGCAAGCUCCUGGCUGAGGACGGCACAGUGCUCGUCGACGGCUGUAGUAUGGAGCCCUACCGCUUCUCGCUACCCCGGGACGACUUCCGCGCCGACGUCAAGACGGACUUGUUCGCGCUAGGGUGCACUGUCUACUUCAUCCUCCUGGGCCACACCAUCUUCCCAGACAUCGGCGACUGGGAUGAGGAGGCCUGGGAGAAGGUGGAGGAGAGGCUCGCGAAGAAGAAGUGGCCUCGGGAACAGCAGGUAUGCAGGGCCGUUACCGUGAAAUGCUGGGAGCAGCAGUACGAAUCCACGGAGGAGGUGGUUCGGGAUCUCAAGGCUAUCGAACGGGAACAUGGCGGGGUGUCUACCGCGUCGAUGCCGGACUGGGGGCUUGGCGAGCUGGGAGGCGCAGGAGACAACAGGCCGGCAGAUGGACCACAGUAGUCUCAGGUCGACACUGUGGGUUGUCUGACAACCUACAUGGUGGGGCAGAAGGAGGCUGUUGACUUGGGAGAGAAGGCGGGGGCGCAUAUGUAGAUCUGGUAUCCCAUUCAGCUAACUUGGCUGUAUGAUGUUGACGGCGCCGACCCGGCAGCUCUCUCGCAAUCCGACGCAGGUGGUGUGGAAAUUGCUCGGGUUGUUGCCGGCGGCUUUUCUUACCUGCUUCCCCCAAAUUCAGCGACCGUCUCACAACCGACCGCGUGGC